AUGAGAGCCUUAGCUCAUAAUUAUUUGUUUAUUUUCGGCUUAUCUCUUUUAGUUCUGUUUUCAAUUUACGUCUUCAACAGAUCAGUGAAAGACAAUCGAAUUAACCUGUUAACCACUUCAUUCAAAUCCACGGAUCAGAACUUCUCAGUGAAUUCUUAUGGAAAACCAAAAAAAGUUUUACAAGUAGCAUCACCUUUCAGAGAACCUGUUACAAACCGUAGUUACGUGAUACUUAUAUGGAUAUCUGAAAAAGAACUUGUUGCAACUUUUCGUUCAGCUUUAAAACUGGACAAUUUCUACAUGAAGGGACAGUUUAAAAAUUGCAACUUCAAUAAUUGCAUUAUAACGGAAAAUAUAUCAAGAAUUCACGUGAGUGACGCACUACUGAUUCCGUAUCCGGAACUACAAACACUACCUAAGAUAACUCAAAGACCUAUUGGUCAAAUCUGGGUGUUUUGGGCUAAAGAUGGACCAUUUAACCCUCGCCAGCACUUAGAAUGGAAAAGUAAAAGGAUUAUUAGCUUUUUUAACUGGACUGUCACUUAUCGAAAGCAGUCGGAUAUUGUCUAUCAAGGAUAUGGGUAUGCAAAAAAGAAAGCUAAUUUGAAUGGUCCCCCACGUCAGAAUGAAAUCAACUUCGCUAUUCGUAAAACUCGCUUAGUGGUGUGGCUUGUGUCAAACUGUCAAACAAAAUCCCGAAGAGAAAAAUAUGUAGAACUACUGCAGAAGUACCUACCGGUGGAUAUUGUCGGUAAAUGUAAUUAUUCCAAUACACACAUUUCUGAAUGUUCAACAAAUUUUGGACCUAAGUGUUUCAAUUGGAUAAGUAAGCAAUACAAAUUUCUUCUCUCCUUUGAAACUAAGAUUUGUAAACAAUAUAUCACUGAUAUGUUUUUUUAUGCUCUGAAACAAAAUAUUGUACCAGUUCUAAUGAGUGGAAAACCUGAACUUUUCGAACUUCCACCAAAGUCGUUCAUCAAUAUUCGGGAUUAUCAGACACCAGCCAAAUUAGCACGGUACUUACUUCUUCUUGAUAAAAAUGAUUAUUUAUAUAACCAGUAUUUCAAAUGGAUAGACUAUUAUAACAUUAUUGGACCCACAAUCCAAGAGCACAACUAUAUGUGUGAGUUAUGUAAGCGGCUCAAUCGUCAAAAUAUCUUCCGAAAAAUGUAUUUUGAUUUAAAACGCUGGUGGGAAUCCAAUUCCUGUGAGAAUCCUUGGUGGUGAAUAUUUUCAAACAAUUGAACUUAU